AUGCAUUGUUAUACAACUGUAUUGCACAACUCAUCUCCCGUUGCAAAGAUGUCGAAUCUAUACGAAUAUAAACACAGUGUUAUAAAUAAAAAUUUGGCUGUUACUGAAGAUGCUGGGAUUGAUAAUAAGAAAUUCGAAACUCUAGAUGACUGGUACAAGGUUAUUCAGGACUACGAAUUCCAGGCCAGGUGUCCCAUCAUAUUGAAAAAUUCACACAGAAACAAGCAUUUCACUUUUGCUUGCCAUUUGAAAAAUUGCCAGUUUAAAAUCCUGUUGAGCUACUGUGGUAAUAAUAGGGACGCUCUGAUUAAUAACAUUAAUUUGCACGAUAUCGAUGACAUUGACAACCAUGUAGCUUUAUCGCAGUCAAAACUAUCCAGCAACAACGCCGCUGCCGACACAAGUACAAACAACGACGUAGACGAUAGCAAUGUCGAUACUGAAUUAAGGACAAAAAAAUACGAUGCAGAUGCGGUAGAUGACGAUGAUGAUGUUACAGCAGCCAUUGUGGCGGCUGUGGCGGCGGUCAAUAACAACAACAAUAACGACGAGGACGACGACGGCGGAAGGGGGGUGAAGUCUGAAGGUGUUUCGGAGUCAAAGAGUAAGUCAAGUGAUGACAACUCGAAUGAGGGCGGGCUAGUUAUCGACGAUUAUGACCAUUCACAAAAUAACAACGGCGGGAAGAACGAAUUGAGAGGUCCGUUCAUGGUUACAAAAAUCGAUCCCUAUCAUAAUCAUCCUUUAGAGUCGAAUCUUUCUUUGCAGAAGUUUGUAUUGACAAAAAUCCCAAAAAUUUUACAGAAUGAAUUGAAUUUCGAUCAAAAAUUGGAGGAACUUUGUAAUGAGGAGGAAAAUACUAUCUCGAAAUUUAAAGUGGCUCAAUUUGUAGAGGACAGUGAUUUACUUCCUGUUUUGAAGAAGAAUUUCAAACUAUCGGACGAUGACAUUGACAAAACUUUUAAAGGGCAGAUUGCAAGACGUGUCACUACUUAUAAAGCAAGAUUCGUCCUGAAAAAGAAAAAGAAUGGAGAAUACCACACUGCAACAGGAAACGCAGUGGGUGUCAAUGGUUCCUCUAAUGCCACAAAGAAUACAGCAACCUCUGUUUCCUCAGCACGGAAUCACACUUCAUCCAUGGUUAGAUCAUCAGAUGUAAAUUCAACAAGAAAUGAAAUGUUACCAAUAGGGAAUAAUGCUCAUGCUCAUGGAGAAGAUGAAGAAAAUAACGUAUACUCCAAUGCCGAUGAAGACGGUAACCUUGCAUCUAUGGACGAUGAAACUCGUCUAAGAACAGCUUUGAAAGAAGCCCAGGAUGUAGUAUAUGCAGCUAAUGCAAUGGUCAACGAAGAAAAUUCAAUCAAAGCUAUGAAAAACAAUAAAAGACUUCUAAAUGACAAUGAGGAUAACGAGGAUUCAAACGUUCAUCCAGAUCUGGAAGAAGAGGAUAUACAGAGAAAACGUAGUAGAAUCGAUAACAACAAUGAAAGUGCCUCGAUUAAAUUAAAUGCUCUGGAUGAAACACUAAUGGCUCUCGAAGAUGCAGGUGACGAUAAAUUGCCUCACGAGGUCGCAGAACAAUUAAGAUUGUUAUCAUCACACUUCAAAGAUGAGCUUGUACAACAACACAACCAUAAUGAACUAUCAAAUAAAAAAGAGGAUAUUCCUGAUGAAAAUAUUCAACCUGAAUUGAGAGGUCAAUAA